AUGGCCACACCUUUUCCAUUUCCCAUCUCCGCUGCUCAGGUGGGUACAUACUUUGUGGGGCAGUACUACCAUGUUCUUGAGACCAAACCCGAGUUGGUGUAUCAGUUCUACUCUGACACCAGCACCAUGCUACGCAUUGAUGGCAACGCCAGGGACACUGCCACUGCAAUGCUGCAAAUCCACGCACUUGUUAUGACACUCGAUGUCACUGGAAUUCAAAUCAAGACAGUACAAUGUCUGGAUUCUUGGAGUGGUGGAGUUCUUAUAUUGAUUUAUGGUUCUCUGCAACAUAAGGGCUACAAUGUGAGGAGGAAAUUUAUGCAGUUGUUCUUCCUUGCACCCCAAGAAAAGGGCUACUUUGUGCUUAAUGAUAUUUUUCACUUUGUGGACGAGGAGCCAGUUCAUCAUCACCAAUCUGUAUUUAUGACUCAGAGCAAUUUUGAUUCAAAAUUGAAUGCUCCUAGGACAAUUAAUAAACCAGUGUCCAACUACCUGUUGGGUGGAGAUAUAAAGGCAAGGGAUUUUGUUGCUACAAAUCAGAUCAAAGAAAAUGGUGCGGUCAAUAAUUAUGGGCAGAAAAGGCCACAAGUUCAUUAUUCUGAACAUAUUCAGGAAGAUGUUCUCGCUGAAGAGUCACAUGGUUUACUUCAACCUACUGUGAAUGCUGUGCAAGAGGAUGUACCUUCUUCUGCCGAAGAACCUCCUGAGGAGCCCCAAAAACAUACUUAUGCUUCCAUUUUACAGGUUCCUAAAAGACAAGCUACACCAUCUGUAGCUUCUCAGCCAUCUCAGAAUAAUGUGCCUUCUUUGGACUGGGAUCAUUCUCCACUGACUAAUUUUCAGCCAACACUGACAUUGACUAAUGCAUUUGAAAGGUCUGAAACUGAUGCAGUGGAGGAGAUUCCUACAACUGAAGAUGAAGGUUACUGUGUGUACUUGUUGAGAUUAAUUCAUUCAAUUUUUCUUUAUAUAGUUACUCAUUGGUGUUGA